UGUGUUUUUUCUUUCUCUUAACCUCGUAAGUCUUCUUACUGUGUUAUUGAGAAACUAUAAAAACAAGAAAAGAAAAGGAUUUUCUGUCCAAACAGUUUAGGUCGGUGUAUAGUUUAUGUACAUUUUUACUUUUUUCUUUUUCUUUUUGAUCACAAAGGUAAAAGUUUAUCAUCAGCGUUCAGCACACACACCUAAACAAAUAUGGUGGUACUUGUAGAACUAAUAAUGCAGUCUUAAAAAUCCUGAAAAUACAUCAAUGAAAGUUAGGUGUUGGUUUGGAGCUAAAACAUGCCAUCUGGAGAAAGUCCCCUGUAACAGUGGGAGCCGUUAGGUUAUGAAGAGUGGGCCAAAAUACCUGCUGAAAAGGGAAAAAAGUAUUUUCCUUUAAUAGUCAUGCAACAAAAAGUUAUCAAAAUGUACCAUCAUGUGUUGGCUGCUUUAUUAUGAUUCUUUUAAACAGCAAUUUAAAAGCAAUGCCUGGUUUUUAUUGAUAUUUCUUUUAUUUAGUCUGUUUCAAGUAAAAUUAAUGACCAAUGUGGGUUUUUUUUCCUUAACAGAGGGGUUUGAAACAUUUCAAUCGUGUCUUUUUUUAAAUGCACAUUGAAUCACACCAACAGUAAAAGGUAAAACAAGCUUUUUAACUUCCUGUUCAAAAUAUUUAAAUGGAAGAAAAAAAAGUGCCUGUGGGACUGGACCACUGGCAGCAGUUAAGGAACUCUGCAACAAUCUUAAAAAACCCAAAUCCCCUGAAAGUGGCAUAUUUUCUGAGUUGGUUGUGUUGUGUAUGGAGUUGCUGCAUUCUACAUGAACCCAAAGAAACAACAAUGUUGUGCUGCCAAAUACAGCCAAACCCAGACACCCAGGAGUCUGUUAAAGGUCUGUGUAACCACAAAGCUUGCUCUUUUUCCAGCUUAGAUCCUGGCUGAAAGAGAGAGUUUAGUGAAACAGGAGAGCAGGGCAAAACCUCUUCAGUUCCACUUUCUAAUGGGAGGAUUUUUUUCUUUUCUUGUUUUAAUAAUGCCCUGUCUGUGUUAUUCAAAGUAGAAUAAGGAAAAUUGAAGUUGGCAAAGCUUUUCUGGACUUUGAUAAGCAGAAUUUUCAGCUGAGAUCGUCAAUGAUUUCUCUUUUUUUGGGUUCUACUUUGACAAUUUGUGGAUUUGUUCUCAACGAGGGAAUAGAGCCACAACGGAGCAAUGAGUUUCCCUCGCGGCAAACAGCACAGUGAAUUUUCUCUUUGCAUCUUUCUUGCUGCCCUUCAUCCCAUCAGGCCACACAUCCGAACAUGCGGACGUACUAUUUUUGCACUGACACGGCCAAAGAGACGGAGUCCUGGAUGAGAGUAAUGACGGAUGCUGCGCUGGUGCAUUCAGGGCCAGUCAAAAGUACAGCCACUCAAGAACAAAUGGGACUAAAUGCACAAAGGCUUUCCACAGGGAUGGGUGUGUGCUCCUCGGGGGUAGAUCAGCUAAAAGUGGGCCAGUGUGGACCACAAGAGACUCACCAUGUUGCCAACCACAAACCACCGCUCACGCAGCCUGAAAUCCAGAACAACCAACGCAACAAGGAGUCUGCCUGUGAGCAUAUUGUCCCCGUCCCCUCCAGCACAGACGAAGAGGAGAGGAAGCAGCGUGACGCUGAGCGCUACGGCUUCCAUAAGGAUGGGUCACAGCGGGAGCGGCCACUCACCAAGAUCAGCAGCAUCAAACUGCCGCCAGUCCAGGCAGAGACCGUCAAGUCCAACGUGACCUCGCCGCAGCCGCUCACAGAGGUGGACAGACCGUAUCAGGCUCCUCAGGUGAACGGAUCAGAAGAGCUGCGUCCUCCUGAAGGGACCGGCUUCCCUCAACAGCAAAGCUCCACCGGCGAUCCGGUCCGCAGCCUGAGCAGAACCAACUCCAUGCAGCAGCUGGAGCAGUGGGUGCGGACACAAAGAGGACGUAAUCAGGAUGAGGACACCAGGAGCAUCACGUCCUACCAGACUCUGCCCAGAAACAUGCCAAGUCACCGGGUACCUUACAUGCCUGCUUAUGGAGAUGGCUACCGCAGUAUGCCCAGGAACAGCAUGGCGCAGCGGGACAGCAUCUGCAGCAUGUCGCCAUCUCUGUACGACCAAGCCCUGGGCCCCUGUGCUGCUGAGAAGCGGCGCUCCAUGCGAGACGACACCAUGUGGCAGCUGUACGAGUGGCAGCAGAGGCAGGCCUACACCAGGCAGUCGGGGCUUUACAGCGGCAUGCCCAGUCCCAAAACUAUGGUCAACUUGUCAGAGCAUGCGGCACCGAACCACUCCAUCCCGCCAUCGCCAUCCCACGGCUCCCUGUCCAUGUACGGCGGCUAUUCUCCGAUGCGAUCCUACAGCAUGGCAAGCGCUCGUUCAGAAGUAUCUUCUCCCGUCUACAGAAGAGACAUGAGCAUCGACAGAAGACACAGGCCACCGAUUAACAAGUACAUCUACCCACCUGAUAGGAGGUCCAUGCCUGCAGGGAUCCCAGUCCAGACCAUCACUGCCCAGUCUCUCCAAGGCAAAACUCCCGAAGAAUUGACUCUGCUGCUGAUAAAGCUGCGGCGGCAGCAGGCAGAGCUAAACAGUAUCCGGGAGCACACUGUAGCGCAGCUUAUGCAACUUAACAUGGAUGGCGACAACCCAAAGAACGACAUUCUCUCCCAUCACCUCCAAAGGAACCUCAUGUAUUUGGACAAUCAGAUCAAGGAAAAUGACCCUUUAAUCGUCAUGACUCACUCUUUGAUUGAGAACUCAGCCCCACGGCCACAACUUUAUCAGCAAUUGAGUCCAGAAGACUACAGGGAACAAGCCUAUACAUGUGUGCCAGAGGAAGUGGAUACUGACACUAAACUUAGCAGGUUAUGUGAGCAAGAUAAAGUGGUGAGAGCGCAGGAGGACAAACUUCAGCAGCUGUACAGAGAGAAGCACACGCUGGAGACAGCACUUCUGUCAGCCAGUCAGGAAAUAGAGCUGGGCCCUGAGAACCCAGCCACCUUGCAGAGUGUGAUCCAGCAGAGAGACCUGCUGCAGAGUGGCCUCCUCAGCACCUGCAGGGAGCUGACCAGAGUAACUUCUGAGGUGGAGCGAUCGUGGAGGGAAUACGACAAGUUGGAAGCAGAUGUGAUUUUAGCCAAAAACAACUUGCUGGAGCAGCUGGAAGCCUUGGGAAGCCCACAGACCGAGCCUCCCAGCCAGGAGCAUGUCCGCAUCCAGAAAGACUUAUGGAGGAUUCAGGAUGUGAUGGAUGUUCUGAAUAAACACAAGGAGCAGAGAAACGCCUUUGAUGAGAUGGGCUUCGGUGGACCUAAGGCUAACUUCAGUAAACACAAAAAUGAGGCAGAGGAUUUGGUACCCCCAAGACCACCCCUACCCCAGUCUUAUGAGCCCAACUCCCCCAUCGCGCCCCCUUUGCCCUCUCAUGCUGGCGUGCGCCCUUCGUCCCUCCACAGGCCAGAGGACAGAAAGGCCAAUCAGAGGAAUGGCACGCACAGCGGUCCUGACUACAGGCUUUACAAGAGUGAACCAGAGCUCACCACAGUGACCGAGGUGGACGAGAACAAGGACGAGGACAGAUCUGAAAGCACAGACAGAGAGCAUGCUGCAGGCAAAGGAAUGUCUUACCCAGUCGGCAUUGUCCCACCCAGAACCAGAUCUCCAGUGCCGGAGUCUUCCUCUAUAGCAUCCUAUGUCACACUGAGGAAGAGCAAGAAACCUGAUCCCAGGACGGAGCGUCCAUACAGUGCAAUGGAGCAGCAGCUUAGUGCUGUAGAGGGCAACCGGCCCAGGAUGAGCGUGGAGGAGCAGCUGGAGAGGAUCCGCCGCCACCAGCAGGGCACCCUUAGGGAGAAGAAAAAGGGAGCUCGCAUCCGCAGUAGCAGCCAGGACAACACACCUUCUCGCAGUCACUCCUUCGCUGGUUACAAUCACUUCCACAGCACGCAGUCUCACAUGAGACGCAGAGAUCAGAUGAUGAGCAGCAACAUUCAGGAGCUGGAGGCCUCUCUGAGGCAGCAGGAGGUGGUGAGGAGGCAGGAGACGCCGUCUGAGGAAAUAGCCCGUCUCAAGGAGUCCUUACAGGCCGAGGACUUUAAUGUGGACCGAGAACUGUCUGUGCCUGAUAAAGUGCUGAUUCCUGAGCGUUACAUCGAGUCAGAUCCUGAGGAAGCUCCGAGUCCUGAACAGGAGGCUGACAAGCAGAGGAAAGUCGAUCGCAUCAAAGCCCUUAUUGCCAAAAACAGCAUGCAGAAUGUUUUACCCAGUUUGGCUCUAAGCCCAGAAGAAGACCAUGAAGAGGAGGUGACCAUUCUGGAGAAAGAGAAGAUGAUUAAUAUUUCCUAUGAGCUGGCUGCAGAGGCUUCCAAACGCAGCAAGUUGGUAGCAGUGAAAAGCCUAUCAUCAUCCUCUUCCCCACCCUUUCCACAGUCUCCAAACACAGCCUCUCAACUCACUGAUGGCUCUCACUUCAUCACAGGCUCUGGCCUCAGUAAAGACCUACACAUGAAGGAAACGGCGGCAGAGGUGUGUGAAAAAGGCAGAUUUGCUCCUGCGGACCUUCUUCCAACAAAUCAGCACAAUAGCUUGACCUACAAACAGUGAAACUGCCUAUUUCAUCCUCACAGGGCAUAACUUCUGACUUGUGUGUGCUCACUGUGACAUUUAAACCUAUGCCAUUCGAAUAUUUCUUUUAUGAUCUCACCUAGGCAACAACUUCCUGCAGUUUUUAUGCUUUCAAUGGUUGUAUUUUAUUUGACUAUUUUUACCUAUUUGUGUUGUUUUUUUGUUUUCUUUUGCUGGUAAGUGAGCCAGUGUACAUCUGUAUAAAUGGGAUGCUAAAAGACUGAGCUAUGUUGAGUCUAAUAAUCUCUGACAGUAUAUUCCAGGCUAUGUGCUCUACAACCUGUUAAACACACAAAGAUAUGCAUUUAUUUAGUUUUUCCUUAAUAAAUUAUAUAGCUGUUAUUUUUAGACCCAGACAGUUAGCUAAUGAGUCAUAUUUAUUCAUUUACUGUAAAGAACAUUUGCCUAUGCUAAAAAGUCAUGUAGAACAUAUUAGAUUCCUCUAUUAUAAUAAACAGAGGAGCCACUUUAACUGCUGAUGAAGAUUCUUUUUGUAAUUUUUAAAGUGUUUGUGGUUCCCGGAUAAUAAUUUAAGGAUGGGAUCUAUAUAGGUACAUGGUUGCCUAUACAUAUAUAUGUGUGUGACAUGUGUGAAUGUUUUGACAUGACAUCCUUCAUGUCCUUUUUAUGACAGAUCUAUUUAACUAAGGAGAAGGAUAAAUGUCACAGGGUGAUUCUAUUUUAUGAAACGUUGGUUUCAAGUCCUUGAGCUUUAACAAAACAGAUUCGCUUGUGCAAAAAGCAAUAAAAGCAGCCUUUCUGUGAACUGAAUUUAAGAUGUUUGUUUUUCUGUUUGUACAAAGUGUAAUUAUCAGAGGUUUACUGUGUAUAUAAUGUACAUGGUACAUCUGGAUAGGAGGACAUGCCCAGCAAAGGUUACAUACCUGAUUUGAUUUGCAUAUGUUCAUAUCCCAUCUGUUUUAUAUCAUGUUAAAUAAACAUGGAUGUUCUUAAAUA